AGGUUUUUCUCGGCAGCCCAUUUACAAUCGACUUCACAGGUCGGUGAACUCCGUAAACAAGAUACCUUGUUGCCCUCGUUUUUUUUAAUUUGUGUAUCCGUAACGCGACGCACUGAGCGUGCACCUGGUACUGUCGAGGAACGCAGACAUUCUUCUAGCAACUUACGAAAGCUCGCAUCAGAAGCAUAAAACGCGUUGUCUUGGCAUUUACUUUCAAUGUAUUCACAAUGCGACAUUUUAUAAAUCUCACCUGCAGUAGUGAGCUCUGUUCGAAAUCAAAACAACAUCUGUUCCUUUUCCAUCAGUAUUGUGGACGAAUAUGCAUUUCAAAAUGGAACACUGAUAACUCUCAGACUCCAUGAUUCAAAAUGAAUCGGAGGAACUGGAGAAAGAGAGCGUAUGAAAUCCUCUUCAGAUGUCUGAACAAUCGAGUGAUUUUAGCGGUGAGUUUGAUCUUCCUGAUGUCGAGCUUCCUGUACCUUUACUACACAGAGCUUCCGGUUCGAUACCAAAUAACUUACAGGGGAUCCAAACCACAUGUGUUUUUAUUCGAUAAGAAAUACUCCGUCAACAGGACAGAAAAGCGAAUUUUGUUGUGGACGAAGUUUCAUUUUGAUAUUAACUGGGUAAAACCUGUCAGGAAUAUUCUUGAUAAUUCUUGUGAUUUCAAGUGUUCAGUCACUGAUGACAGGUCUUCCAUUAAAGAUGUCGACGCCGUGGUCUUUCACCUGCUGGAUAUGUACUUUUGGGAAACUCCGCCCACUUAUCGAUCUCCUCAUCAAGUUUGGGUUGUUCACUCCGCAGAACCGCCACCGCAUUUGUAUUAUACAGGCCGGAGUUUAAGAUAUUCUCGGUAUGCUUUCAAUUGGACUUUGUCUUUCCGGAAAGAUGCCACUGUAUAUGCACCAUAUGGACGCGCGGCACCAUUGGACGCAAAUAUUGCAGAGGUGAAACGUAAAAAACUUGCUAAUAAGAAUUAUGCAGAAGGCAAAACAAAGAUGACGUAUGCUAUUAUAAGUAAUUGUGUUGAUGAUGCGGGAAGAUUUAGCUAUAUUAAAAAGUUGAGACAAUACACACCCAUAGAUCUGUACGGAAGAUGUGGAAAUCUUACGUGCCCCAGAAACAGUACUUGUGGGGAAAUGUUGAAGCCGUAUAAGUUUGCAAUCACCUUUGAAAACAGCAAUUGUAAAGAUUAUAUUUCAGAAAAGUUUUGGAAUGGUUUAUAUAUGGAAAGCAUACCAAUUGUCAACUGGAUUCCAGAACAAGUUCCCAGCAACGCUCCGCCCAAAUCUUACAUUAAUGUGCAUGAUUUUCCCAGCAUGAGCGAUUUAGCCAAAUAUUUGGAUUAUCUAAAUAAUAACGACAUAGAAUAUAGCAGUUAUUUUGAUUGGCGUAAAACGCAUUACGUAGUCCACGGUGACACCAUGUGGAAUCAGUUUUGUUACUUAUGUCGGGCUUUACAUAACGACUCAAUCCCUGCACAAGUUGUUGAUUAUCAAAGUUGGUGGUCCGAUGACGCAUGUAAAGAAUGGACGAUAUCCAGCAUGAUAACUAGAAGAAUAAAGAACUAUUUCAUGUAAUGAACUAUCAAUCCAUCCAAGUCAUUCUGAGUUCAUCUCAGGGAGCAUCCGAACAAAUUGCAUGUAUAUACAUGUACAGGUAUAUUACGUCAUCUAAUGACAUUCCUUUGUAUUUAUGUAUGUACAUGCCACUGUAUUUUUCUCAAUAAACUUCAUUUUUUGAA